AGGUUUCUUAUAAGCAUCUAACUAGCUAAUAUUAAAUAUUCAUUAACAAACAAUUUGCCAAUGCGACGUUACAAUAUGUACAUUCAUUCCUCUUCAUUUGAGUUACAAGGGGAGCGAAAAUCUAUGUAUAAACAGUCUGAAAAUAGCUCCUACAAAAGUGGUGAAAAGACAAGCCCUAUCAGUGUAAUUUUGGUUACUUCGGGUAGCCGAGGGAACAAAUUGCUCUUUAGGUACCCAUUUCAACGGGUUGCAGAUUGUCCAUCAUCACUCACGAAAAAACAGCGAAGUCCAUAUGCAUUGAACACGACAGGAGAUGUUCUUGAAGACCCAGAUGGAGAUUCAAGGUUCUCUGACAUCAUCCUCGCCACUAUCUUGGCCACCAAGUCUGAUAUGUGUGGGAAGAAGUUUGAGCUGAAGAUAGACAAUGUGCGUUUCGUUGGGCACCCCACCCUCCUCCAGCAUCCUCACACCAUUCAGGUGUCCAAGACAGACCCCUCACCUAAGAGGGAGAUGCCCACCAUGAUCCUGUUUAGUGUCGUGUUUGCUCUGAGGGCCAAUGCCGACCCAUCAGUCAUCAGCUGCAUGCACAACCUGUCUCGGCGCAUCGCUAUCGCCCUGCAGCAUGAGGAGCGCCGCUGCCAGUACCUCACCAGAGAGGCCAAGCUGAUCCUGGCCGUGCAGGACGAGGUCACCACCAUGACCGAGACUGAUGGCAGCCCUCAGUCACCGUUCAGACAAAUCCUUCCUAAAUGCAAGCUUGCCAGGGACUUGAAGGAGGCAUAUGACAGCCUGUGUACAAUAGGGGUGGUGAGGCUCCAUAUCAACAACUGGCUGGAGGUGAGCUUCUGUUUGCCUCACAAGAUCCACCGGGUAGGGGGCAACCACGUACCUCCAGAGGCCCUGGAGCGCAGCCUCAAGGCCAUAAGGCCGUAUCAUGCCCUCCUUCUGCUGGACAGUGAGAAGGCUCUGCUGGCCCAGCUGCCUCUGGACUGCUCUCCUGCUCUGGUGCGCCUCAUCAAGACCUGCUCUGCAGUCAUGAACCUGCAGCAGCUUGCACAGGAUGCAGACCUGAACCUGCUACAGAUCUUCCAGAUUGCUGCUCACCUGGUGUACUGGGGCAAAGCCAUCAUAGUGUACCCUCUAUGUGAGAACAAUGUCUACAUGCUGUCCCCACACGCCAACAUCAGCCUGUACUCUCCAUUGGCUGAAGGGUUUGGCCAGCAGUUCCCAGGUCAUGACCUGCCUUCCAUGCUGGCCAAAUUCUCCCUGCCCCUCUCACUGUCUGAGUUCAGGAACCCACUGGAUGCGUCUGUGCAGGAGGCCCAGCUGAUCCAGAUGGUGGUGUGGAUGCUCCAGCGGCGCCUGAUGAUCCAGCUCCAUACCUACGCGUGUCUGCUGGUGCCCCCCAGUGAGGAGGAGCUCCCCCUGGUGGCCGGGGUGGGGGGCCGCAGCCUCAGCACACCCAGCGCACUCAGCUUCGGAUCCCCAACCAGCAGUGAUGACAUGACCCUGAACAGUCCCAGUAUGGGAAACUCCAGUGCAGAGCUACUUCCUGGUGGAGACUCUCCACUAAACAAGAGGAUGACCGAGACGUUACUGGCCAGCCUGACAGAGCACGAGCGCCAGGUCAUCCUCAACAUCCCAGCUGCACAGAGCCCUGAAGACCUGCGCAUGUUCGCCAGACUGCUGCACUACUUCCGAGGGCACCAUCACCUUGAGGAGAUCAUGUAUAACGAAAACAUGAGGCGCUCUCAGCUGAAGACCCUCUUUGACAAAUUCAGAAGUGUUCUGGUUGUCAUCAGCCAUGAGGACCCUGUCAUCUCCCUCUUCCAGUCUCCUCUGGAGUAGAGAGAGUAGAGGGGUCUGUCAUGAGAUGAAGGACCCUUUCUGAAAUACCAGACGGACAGAACGACACGGACUACUGCUGUACAUUGUACAAUGGCCUAAUUAUGGUGCUUGCUGCUUUCAGCCAACUGGAGAAUAUUGCAAUUUGAGAG